AUGAAAAAUAUUUAUAAAAAGAUGUCAAGAUAUGAAGAUGAUGAAGAUGACUAUAUGGCUAUCAGAGAGAGAAAUAAACAAAGAGAGAUAGAGAAAAUAGAAAGAGAGAAACAGAAUGAAGUCGAUAAAUAUAAUGAUCGUGAGCGACGUAACUUUGAGAGAGAGGUAGAUCGUGAGAAAGAAAGAGAUAACAACAGAGACAGAGAUAGAAACUACAGAGAUAACCAGAGAAAUAACAACAAUAGAGGUGGCAGAGGAAGAUAUAAUAACAAUAGCAAUGACUAUAGAGAUAAACAACAACGUGACAACAAUACUAGAGACGAUAGAUCAUCCUAUAGAGAUAGGUCAAGAUCAAGAUCGAGAUCUAGAUCAAGAUCAAAUGAAAGAUAUCAAGAUAAUAAUGGUGGUAGAGGAGGAGGAGGAGGUAGAGAUAACAAUUAUAAUAAUAAUAAAGAUAAUAGAAAGAGAAGUAGAAGUAGGAGUAAUGAUAGAGAUGAAAAGAAAAGAGAAAGAUACAACAACAGUAGCAAUAAUGGUAGUAAUGGUAAACCAUCAACACCAGUUAAGGGUGAAAAUAGAUCGAAAUUGGCAUUGGCAAAACAACAGAGAUUAAAAGAAGCAGAAAGUCAUAAACAGAAGGACGAAGAACCUGUAGAGACUGGUUUGGAUCCUGAAGAAGAAGAAAUGAUGAGACAAAUGGGUAUACCAGUAACAUUUGGAUCAACAAAAGGUAAAAAAGUCGAUGGAAACAGCCAAGGUGGAAUGACAAUAAGAUUUAACAGACAAUAUAAACAAUUUAUGAAUAAAAGAGUUGUUAAAAAUUAA